AUGAGGAUGUGCAAGCAGAGAGCACAUGCAUGCGGCCAGGACGCUGCGUUGGCCAAUACCCCGUGUCAGCCAGCACGCCGUGUUGGCCAGCACAUCCCAGCACAGCGUGCCCGCACAGGGGAACUGGGCGCCGGCACAGGACCAGCAUGUGAGCAGAUGCUGGUGGGCAGCCUUGGGGAGAAACGGGAGCAGGAAGGCAGGCGGGAUGGCGUAGGUGGGGGCACUGGCUUGCUGAGAAACCAUUUGAAUGACCUGCAGGUGAAGUCAUACCCCCCAGCUGGUCUGCCCAGCACCACCAGCAACGCAGCUGGACAGCUCGGGCUGGCUCCUGAAACCGUGCUGGCGGAGCUGCUGGAUGCUCAAGAGCAGAGGAUCUAUCAACUGCAGACCAAGCAGAGGGAGAGGCAGGCAGAACUGGAGCAGAAAUGCAGGCGGAUCCAGCAGCUCAGCCAGGACCUGGGGGCCAGCUGCCAGCUGCAGGAGAAAGCUCAGAAGCAGGCUGUGCCCUGCCUCAGGGAGCCGGCGGCGCAGCUGCGGGCAGAGCUGAGCGGGUGGCAGUGGAGGCAGCAGGCAACCCUGGAGCAGGCGCUGCAGCACAUGCACGCGGCCACCUGCACCCAGGAGAAGCUGCAGAGGAGCCAGGAGCAGCUCCAGGCCCUGAGGGAGCAGCUGGGGGCAGAGCAGGAGCAGAGCCAGGGCCUGCGGCACAGCGUGGCUCGGCUGGAGCAGGAGCUGGGAGCCACCUGGGCCCGGGAGCAGCAAAGGCUACAGCAGCUCAGUGGUGCCACAGAGACCAUCCAUGACCUGCAGCAAGAAGCAGCCUCCACCAGAAAGCGCCUGGCAGAGCUGCUGCAAGAGGCGCAGGACACGGCCACGCUGCAGGCAGAGCUGGCCCAAGCCCAGCAAGAGAAAGCCAAGCAGGAGGCGAAGGCUGUGGCCUACAAGGAAGAGAGGCAGCAGCUCCUCUGGGAGCUGAGGGAGCUGCAGGGGUGCCAGGAGCGGAGCAAGCAGGAGGCCCAGGCCCUGCAGGAGCAGCUGCAGGAGCUGAGCAGCCGAGCCCAGCACUGGCAGCAGCUGCACUGGGCCAGCCAGCAGGCUCUGGCUACACGAGAAGAGGAGCUGGUGGUUUGCAAGUUAGAGCUGUUGUUCCUCAAGGAAGAGCUCAGCAAGGCCACGGAGCAGAUAGAAACCCUGCGCUCCUCCCAGGCUCUGGCACGCCACAAGAGCAGCCGGACACACAAGGAGAGGGAGCUGGUGCUGGUCAACAUCAGCCAGCACCUGGCGGAGCGGAUGCAGUUACAUGAGAGACAAGGGCAGGAGAUCCAGCAGCAGAGCGAGCAGAGUGUGGAGCUGACGGGGAGCAGGGCCGAGCUCUCUGCACGCUGCUGCUGUCUGCAGGGGUGCAGGGGACAGACGGACAACCACCAGCCUGCCCGUGCUCCCGCCUCCCCCCACCCCCCCAGCCUGCCCACCAGGCAUCUUCAGGGGGCAGGGGGCAGGGGGCAGGAGGAAAACAUGUACCUCGUGGUCAGAACAUGCGAGCACAAGCGCGAGCGGCUGUAGCCUCCACAGGACAAUGACUAGACGGAAUCAGCCCUGCACCACUCUGCAGGGCCGCCCCCACCCGACACUCGCCUCCCGGACAAGAAGCAGUGCAAAACAAAGCAAGGAUUAAAC